UAAUGAUAAUGAAGAUAAACAUAAUUGGUGGUCAUCAAAAUGGCCAUUAUUAUCAUCAACGAAUGUUGUACAUUCAUCAUCAACAAUGGAUCGUAAUAAAAGAAAUAGUUUAUUUGGUAGAAAACGAAGUAACAUUAUCAAUGGUGGUUUUUUAGGCAAAAAUAUAUUCAAUAAUAGUAUAUGGCAACAUUAUCUUGAACCGUGGACGGCUAAUCCAAAUUAUUGGAUUGCCGAUCGAUUUCAUGAUAAUGCUGUAUGUUUAUUAGCGGCAUUCGCCGGUACAAUACAUGUACGGCCAGCUAAUUCAACAUUUCAUGGUGGUACAUUUAUUGUUUCACCUGAAGAAUCACUUGGAAGACGUGCCAAUUGUGAACGAAAUUCUCGUAAUAUAUUCUGGAAAUUUUCUCAACAUGAUGAAAAAGAAAUUGUAUUUGAAUCAGAAAUUAAUGAUAAAAAUGAUGAUGAUAGCGAUGUUGAUGAUGAUGAUGGUGCCGAUAUAAUUGAUGAUGAUUUUGCCGAUGAUGAUGAUAAUGCAGAUAAUUUUAUCAAUCUGGCUAGCAGUAGUGCAUCGGCCGAAGGUUUUGAUGAUAAUCAUGAUAAACAACAGCAACAAAAGCCUCAAUCAUUAUCAGUCGAUCUAAUAGGAUCGGAUUAUAUGGGCCAAGUGAUUCGUAAUGAUAAUGAUAAUGAUGAUGAUGAUGAUGAUGAUGUUGAUGUUGAUGAUGAUAAUUUGAAAUCAAGUGAUUUUAACAUUAAUGGUAGACAAACCAAACAGAAUCUUCGAUUAUCAUCAAAAACAAUGUUACCAUCAUCAUCAUCGCCAUUAUUAUCAGCAUCAGCAACGGAAGCAUUAUCUAGCCGAACAAUGAUUGAACGUAGUAAUCGAUUAUUGAGUGCCGGUUUUCAUGUGGUUGGCUCUGUAAUUGAAUUUCAUGUAGCUUAUAUUGAGUGCCUUCAAACCAUUGAUAAAGAAUUGGUUAAUAAUAAUCGAUUUCAAAUGCGAGAUAAUGAUGUUUGUACCAAUCUAAGUGUAUCAUUUGAUCUUGGAACAUUUGGUAAUCCACAAUCAUAUGAAUGUAAUCAUAUUUGGAGUAAAACACUUCGUGAUGUACAUUAUAAUCAGAAUAAACGUCGUUAUGCUGGUGAAGUACAAAUCUCAUUGAAAUGGGUACGAAUCGAUAAAGAUCCAUUGGGUGUUGCACCAUAUUCAUUUCGACGUGCACGUAGGAAAUGUGUCUGGGACACUAUUUUUGGUUGGCAAUCAUUGACCAUAAUGGGUUCAUUAUUAAUAUUCUUUAUAAUUGGAUUUUUUGGCCUAUGUGUCUGUUCGAAUAGUUCAUGUCAUGAUGAUGAAACCGGUGAAUGGACUAAUAAUUGGUGCUGUAUGUUAUGUUGUUGUUUCUCUUGUUGUCGUCGUAGAUCAUCAAGAUUUCGUUCCGGUUCACUCAAUACACAAAGAAUUGUUCAAUAUGAACAUACACCAAAUACAACACGAUUAGAAUGUAAUCAUCAUCAACAUCAUAGACAUCAUCAUCAUCAUCAUCAUCAUCGUGGACCGCCACCACCACCACCGCCGCCAUCAUCAUCAACAUCAUUGUUGACCAAUACAUCAUCACAUCCAAAUCAUAUAGGCUGUGGACAACGUAAACCUACAUUUAGUAAUAGCUAUAGUUAUGAAGGUACCGGAAGUAAUCCAACACAACAAUCAUCAUCAUCAGCAAUGUCUACGGCUAUUGAUGAUUAUUAUUAUUAUAAAAUGAAAAAUAAUAAUGAAAAUGCUUCCAUUCAUCGUUAUAAUAAACAUGAUGAUCUUGUAGUGAUUGCCGUCACUCCUACUACUACUACUAAUGAUGAUUAUAAUGAUGAUAAAUGGCAGAUAUUGAUGAAAGAGCUUCCGUAUCAACAGCAAGAAAAAUUUUCAAAUACAAUUGGAAUACUAGGUGAAAAUGAAAAUGAAAUAUUUCAAUCAAAAAUAAAUCAAUGUGAUCAUCAUCAACAACAAUGGCAAAAUUGUUCAAUUUUAAUGGACAACAAUUUGAAUAGCCACCACAAUGAUUAUAAACAAAUGCCUUUAUCAAUACAAUUAUCAAAAUUUAAUUGUAACAAUAAUAAAAAUGGUGAUGGUGAUAAUAAUGAUGAUGAUCAUGGUUAUUCAGUACCGCCAUCUGACGAUCUAGAUUAA